AUGGCCGGCCCCCUGGCGUGCUGGCUGCUGCUCUGGGCGCUGGGGCAGGGGGGCUGCCACACGCUCCCCGCGGAGGAGGAAAGUGCCAGCCGCAAGCCCAGGCCCCCUGCGGCUCCCCUGGCCAUCGCCUCCCCCAGCAGGGACCCCCCGGGGGGCUCUUCGCCUUCCCCGGCGCUGGGCAGCCUCGCUCAGGACGCGGUAGCUGUCCACAUGCUUAAACUCUACGAGAAGUACAGCCGGGAAGGCAGCCGGCCUGGGGACGGCAACACGGUGCGCAGCUUCAAAGCCAGGCUGGAGCUAUUGGACCAGAAGCCCCUGUACUGCUUCAAUCUGACGUCCAUGCAGGACUCAGAGUUGAUCCUCACUGCCACAUUCCACUUUUACUCGGACAAGCGCCCCCGGCACCGAGAAGUGUUCUGCAAACGCUCCAAGAACUCAUCCUGCCGCCUCCUCCACUUGCCCCAGAUCCCACGGCUCAGCCUCAUUUUCCGAAGCAUUCUCCAGAACUCCGCCUAUGGGCUGGUGAAAGGCAAUGUCACGGUGUUCCUCCACAGGCGAGGGGCUUGGCAGAUGAAGGACAUCUCCCACAUCAUAAAGGAAUCUAAACGGGAUGGUGAGCUCAUCCUCUGUGUGGAGCUUGACUCUGGAGAGAAAUACCAGGGCUUCCCCGAACAGCAAACCAAUCACUUACCGUACAUACUGGUUUAUGCUAAUGACCUGGCCAUAUCAGAACCCAACAGUGUGGCCGUGACUCUACAGCGAUAUGACCCGUUCCCUUCCAGCGAUGGGGAUCCCAGCCUAUCCCCCAAUGCUUCCACAGACACCCGGGUCAGGAGGGACAUAUUUCUUUCCAGCUCUAUCCAGAACAACGAGCUGCCGGAGGUGGAAUAUAACAACAACAAAUACAACAAACAUGACAUAUGGGAAAGUGCCUACAAGUCCCUAAAACCCAAAACCUCACGCAAGGACCGGAGGAGGAAAGGGCAAGAAAACACAGAGGUGCUCUCAAAAUCUCAGAUGCUAAAUUUUGAUGAGAAAACCAUGAAGAAAGCCAGACGAAAACAAUGGAACGAGCCCAGGAUUUGCUCUAGAAGAUACAUGAAAGUGGACUUUGCCGACAUUGGCUGGAAUGAAUGGAUCAUAUCUCCCAAGUCAUUCGAUGCAUAUUACUGUGCUGGGGCUUGCGAGUUUCCAAUGCCCAAGAUUGUCCGGCCAUCGAAUCAUGCCACAAUCCAGAGCAUUGUAAAAGCCGUGGGAAUCAUUCCAGGCAUUCCCGAACCCUGCUGCGUUCCUGACAAGAUGAACUCCCUCAGCGUCCUGUUCUUAGACGAGAACAAAAAUGUUGUUUUAAAGGUGUACCCCAAUAUGUCUGUGGAGACCUGUGCCUGCCGAUAA